AUGGACAGUCCUGUCACCGAGGUUGAUGACUUAGGCGUGUCAGCAGCACUAGAGAAGAUCAUAUCUCUGGAGUCGAGGUUGCGUCAGGCAAUCCAGAACAGCCAUCCUUUGAGCAGCAGCUUUGACAGAGAUGCUGCUUCUGCGGACAGGGAGAGAGAAGCUCUCCUCGCCGUCGGGGGCCAGCUGGAGAUGCUGGAGGACAAGUUGAGGGAGCUAAGGCUGCUUGCACUUGACCCUCGCGAAUAUGACGACAGAACUGUCACCCUCAGCCAGCUGGAUAGCCUGCGGCGCGAGCUCAUAGGCACUGCCAAAAACAAUCUCAAAUUCGUCGACUUUGGCAAGGAUGUCAUCAAAGAUGUAUUGGCGUUUGCGGAGGUCAGCGAGAAUCCAUCACCGAGGGAUGCGCCCCUGAGCCCAAUUGAGGCAUCCUUGCAGGGCCACUACAAUAGCACAACCCCCCUCAGGGAGGCAUCGCCUGUGCACAGCUUGGGCAAGCCGCUGGAGUGGGACACGCCGCCCAGAGCCAAGCGCGACCUGCGGCUGCACUCAGAUUACCUGAGCAACUUUGACGAGCCGCUGCCGCCGCCUGCCGACUCCCCUGCGCAGGAGGACCAUUUCGGGCGCAGGAGCAUUACGCCAGAGCCGCCGCGCUACGAGGAGGACGUGGCUGAGCGGAUUCUGGGCGGCUCGGCCGGCCGCUCAGGCUCGCGCAGCGGCACCGGCAAACCGCGCACCGCUGCUGCGCGCCUGCUGUCCAACCCCCUGUUCGCGCCCCCUCCACCCCAGCCGCACGACCGUCUGGGCUGCGAGGGCGUGCACGUGGACGACGAUCUGUACACCAGCACCAACGGCGGCAGCCGCUACCAGCACGAUCCAGAAUACGGCGGCAAGCUCAGCCUGUCCGGCUGGAAGGAGGCCAAGUCCGGCGCGGCCCAGCCGCCGCAGCCGACGCCGCCCAUGCCCCCCGACCACCCGCGCGUCCGCGAACUCGCCGGCGCAGAAACCGCUGCCGGGCCGAUCAGCGAUGUGCAGUCGGAGGCCAGCAGCGCGUCGGCCGCCUCCUGGUGCGCGGGCCCCCCGGCGCCGCGCAGCCGCUACAUCGACGCGCCAACCCCUGCCAAGCAGGGAUCUGCAGGGGAAAAUCCAAAAUCCGGCCGCAGCGCAAAUAAGAGCGUUUUCUGGCUUCUGAAGGAGGCCCCCCGCUUUGUCAUCGCUGGCGCUGUGGUCGCUGCUGUCGCCACCGGCUUUGUGAAGGCUGCGGACGGCGUGGCAAGCGUGCAGAAGCAGCGAAGGGUGCCCAGGCAGUCGCACAUGCCUGCCGAUGAAGUGUAUCCUGCGCCUCCCUUUUACAACACCUCCCCAACCGCUGUUCCGCCCACUGGGCCGCUCUUCCCGCAGCUGCCGCCGCCGGAAAUGCUCAUCAGCCGGGGCUGA